AUGGCUAGACAAGUGUUGGAGCGCGCAUGCGCCCUGAAGCUUAGUAUGCACAAACUGCGACCGCUGUUCCGAAAGUGGAUGGAAGCUGAGCAGCGGUUUGGUGACGACAAGUCGCGGUUAUUGCUUCGAGAAAAAGCAGAAAAGUACCUGCAGAUGAAUCUCGCAGAUGAGGUGGAAGAUCUUGAGAACGUCUGA